AUGGAGGCGCGGCACUCGCUGCUGUCUUCGACGUAUGAGCACGUCCUGGGGGGUGGUCUGAGGGCCCUGGUCCGGGACGUGGAGCGCGCGGUGUCGAGGUGCACGUGCAGCUGGAAGGCGCACACUCGGCAGCAAGUGGAGUUCCAAGACUUGGUAGCGGUCAUCCGCAGGGUGCGGCGAGAAGUGGAGGGGCCGAUAGGGGGCUCCGCGUACUACGGCGGAGGAGGCGACUUUGACGGGGGGGGGGGCGCCGUGGGGGAGGGGCUUGGGAGAUCGUCUGGCGUAAGGCACGCCUUGCUGCUGCGGUACAUCAUCAAUCCUUCGGACGGUAUCGGCGGCAUGGCAGCAGCAGCGACGACCACAGCACCAGCCCCCACCAACGACACCACCUUGGAAGGCAUCGUCGUCAACGGUACCGCCAGCGCCAGCGCCGGCGCCACGGCGGAGGGUAGGAACGGCGGCGUCUCCUCCCUCGGCGGUGGAGGCGGUGUGGGGGGCACCGCCGGUGGUACUCUUUUGCAGGGGGUGGGGAAGGUGCUCGACGAGACGUGGGACACUGCGGAGAGCCCCAACUUCGCGGCGGCGCUGCAGAGCUGCCUCGACGCCACGUUCGGCAUGGUUUACGAGCAGCUAAGGCAGAAGGCGUUUUGCCGGGGGUCUACCACCGGCGGCGGGAGGCGGCAGCAUACGGGGGCGGCCGCCGCCGCCGCCGCCGCCGGCAGCGAGGAUGUGGGGGGAGGGCGAGCCGCGGGACCCCCUUCUGAACCCAAGGCCCCCCCUUCUGAACCCGCAGGGGCAGCAACGGGGCCAGCGGCGGCCACCUCCGGUGACGGUGGGGGACUACCGGCCGGGGUAGCUGCAGCGCAUGCUGCGGGAGGAGGCGGCGCGGUUGGUUUUGUCGCCGCUGCGCCGGCUGUGGCUGAGAGAGAAGAGUCCGCGCAGGUCCUCGCCACCGUGAUCUCUCAAGCCAAGCUGGUCGUCAGCGAGAUCCUGGAAGCUUCCCCGGGCAACGAGUACGCCCACGCGGUGGCCUCUCUCCCCUCCGUCCAAGACUUGUGCUUCUCGGUGUUCUCCGGUGGGGGGGGCGCAGCAGCAGCGGGGGGGGCGCAGCUGUACAACAACCCUGCUGCUGUGCGUAGUGGCGGCGGCGUUGGGGAUCGUGACCUCCCUCCUCAAGAACCGCCGCGUGUGGGGAGCGCCGGAGGGUUCGGAGGGUUCGGAGGAGGCGGUGUUGGUGUCGGCGGGGGCGACAGCAGCGGGCCGCUGCUGGGCGCCGCCGCUACCAGACGACCGGCUCGAUGA